CGGGAGUCGAAACCAAACUCUUCCCUGCUCGCGGCGCUUCGCUCCCUCCGCGCUCGUGUCGUGAUGAUGCCGCUCGGCGGGGAGAAAGUCUCAGCGGCUCCGGCGACGGUUGGCCGCUUUGCCCUGCUGCACGUAUGAGCGAGCGCCGUUUUACUGUUUUCAUCUCCGGACGCACGGCGGUGGGACAUCCGGCAUGGAGAGUCCGUAGGAGGAGGAGGAGGAGAAGGAGGAGGAGGAGACCACGGCCGCUGCUGGUUUGGUAAAGAGAGCGCGAGCGCACCGACGCACGCGCUUUUCUGCGCUCGAGAUGGACUUCAAGAAGACAAAAUUUGGAAGGUACAUGAACUGCAGGGUGCCGGCCAACAAGAGAUACCAGCCCACAGAGUACGAACACGCAGCCAACUGUGCCACACACGCAUUUUGGAUUCUUCCCAGCAUGGUAGGCGGGUCUGUGCUUUACUUCCUGUCUGUGGACAGAUGGCACCGGGUCGCCGCCUUGCUCUACGGGAGCGGUCUCACUGGCCUCUUCCUCACCUCCACGCUCUUCCACACGGCUGCCUGGAAGAUCAGCCAUCUCCGGAAGGUGGAGGAACGUUUCCACAUGUGUGACCGGAUGGCCAUCUACUUCUUCAUCGCUGCCUCCUAUUCUCCCUGGUUGAUGCUGAGGGAGCUGGGACCCUGGACGUACCACAUGCGCUGGCUGAUCUGGGUCAUGGCUUGCGUUGGCUCCACGUACGUCCUUUUUUUCCACGAGAGGUACAAACUGGGAGAGUUGCUGGGAUAUGUGACAAUGGGGGCUGUUCCUGCGUUGGUCAUUCUGUCCAUGGUGGACCGUGCGGGUGUGUGCGAGCUGGCUCUGGGAGGCGUCUUCUACGUGGUGGGCGUGGCCUUCUUCAAGAGCGACGGCCUCGUCCCGUUCGCCCACGCCAUCUGGCAUCUUUUCGUUGCGGUCGGAGCGGGCAUUCAUUACUACGCCAUCUGGAGGUACCUGUACGUGGCAGGACCCCAGCCGCAGACGUCGAGGUGACGGACGGCUUUUCAGCCCGUCUCACCAGAGAAUAAACACUGAAAGCUGCCGAUUUGAAACCCGAAGGCGGCCAGUGACGGUGGCACUGAAGGGUUUCAUCUUGGGCUGGUGCCGAUGAUUAAACUCUCAGUUUUAGGGACAAAACACCCAAUCAAAGCCAGUGCAGUAUGAUAAAUGGGAGCUUUUUCUAAUAUAUUGUUGUGAUUCUGCAGUUGAAAAGCUAAGAGCAUUAUUUUGUUUCUCCAGCUUAAGGACUGGUAAACCUCAUCCGUGUGUGCCUAAAUAGAGAAUUGUGCAAAAGUUUUCAGCACUUUAUGUGUUUUUGAUUUCGAAGCAAUAACUCAUAUCACUGCUCUGUUGCUGCUAAACAAAGGUUUAGCAUUGAAAUAUCUUCAGUAGAAUAAUUUAAAAGUGUCUGUUGGGCAAAGUGUUGAAAUUUUUCACAUUUUGUCAUGUUACAACCACAGACGUCAACGAGUUUUGUGGCGAUUUUAUGUGACUGUAACCCAGUGACUGUAACUUCAUUGCUCCCCAUUGCGUGGGGAGCAAUGAAGACGGACUUAAAGCCUGAUGUAGAUCAGCAGCCGCUCUCAGGAUCAUGAAGUGGAAGA